AUGGAGGUCCUUAUGGCAGAACGGACCAAUCUGGUCUUUCACAAUAAGGUGAUAGAUGGAACUGCUAUUAAACGACUUAUUAGCAGAUUAAUAGAUCAUUUCGGAAUGGCAUAUACGUCACAUAUCCUGGAUCAAGUGAAGGCUUUGGGUUUACGGCGAGCCACUGCUACAUCUAUUUCAUUAGGAAUUGAUGAUCUUUUAACAAUACCUUCUAAGAGAUGGUUAGUUCAAGACGCUGAACAACAAAGUUUUCUUUUAGAGAAAAACCAUCAUUAUGGGAAUGUACAUGUGGUAGAAAAAUUACGUCAAUCCAUUGAGGUAUGGUAUGCUACAAGUGAAUAUUUGAGACAAGAAAUGAAUCCUAAUUUUCAGAUGACUGAUCCCUCUAAUCCAGUUCAUCUAAUGUCCUUUUCGGGGGCUAGAGGAAAUGCAUCUCAAGUACAUCAAUUAGUAGGUAUGAGAGGAUUAAUGUCGGAUCCUCAAGGACAAAUGAUUGAUUUACCGAUUCAAAGCAAUUUACGGGAAGGGCUUUCUGUGACAGAAUAUAUAAUUUCUUGCUACGGAGCCCGCAAAGGAGUUGUAGAUACUGCUGUACGAACAUCAGAUGCUGGAUACCUCACGCGUAGACUUGUUGAAGUAGUUCAACAUAUUCUUGUACGUAGAACAGAUUGUGGUACUAUCCGAGGUAUUUCCGUGAGUCCUCAAAAUGGGAUGACGGAAAAGAUUUUUGUCCAAACACUAAUUGGUCGUGUAUUAGCAGACGAUAUAUAUAUCGGUCUACGAUGCAUUGGUACUCGAAAUAAAGAUAUUGGAAUUGGACUUGUUAAUCGAUUCAUCACCUUUCAAGCACACCCAAUAUAUAUUAGAACUCCUUUUACUUGCAGGAGUACAUCUUGGAUCUGUCAAUUAUGUUAUGGCCGGAGUCCUACUCAUGGUGACCUGGUCGAGUUGGGAGAAGCCGUAGGCAUUAUUGCGGGUCAAUCAAUUGGGGAACCGGGGACUCAACUAACAUUAAGAACUUUUCAUACUGGUGGAGUAUUCACGGGUGGUACUGCCGAACAUGUACGAGCUCCUUCUAAUGGAAAAAUAAAAUUUGAUGAGGGUUUGGUUCAUCCCACACGUACCCGUCACGGGCAUCCUGCUUUUCUAUGUUUUAUAGACUUGUAUGUAACUAUUGAGAGUCGGGAUAUUAGACAUAAUGUAAAUAUUCCAACAAAAAGUUUGAUUUUAGUUCAAAAUGAUCAAUAUGUAGAAUCAGAACAAGUGAUUGCCGAGAUUCGUGUCCAAACGUCCACCUUUCAUUUUAAGGAGAGGGUUCAAAAACAUAUUUAUUCUGAGUCAGAAGGAGAAAUGCACUGGAGUACUGAUGGCUAUCAUACGCCCAAAUAUCCAUAUAGUAAUGUUCAUCUAUUACCAAAAACAAGUCAUUUAUGGAUAUUAGCAGGAGGUCUAUGCAGAUCCAAUUCCAAUAUAGUGUCUUUUUCACUCCACAAGGAUCAAGAUCAAAUGAAUGCUAAUUCAUUUUUUCUCAAAGAUCUCUUUGAUCUCUCACUGACUAAUGAUCAAGUAAGACAUAAAUUGUUGGAUACUUUUGGUAAAAAAGAUAGGGAAAGUCUUGACUAUUCAAAACCUUAUCGAAUCAUAUCUAAGGGUCAUUGGAAUCUCAUAGAGCCUUCUACUUAUAUUCGUCAAGAGAAUUCUUUGGCGAAAAAGCGAAGAAAUAGAUUUGUGAUUCCCUUACAAUAUGAUCAAGAACAAGAAAAGAAACUAAUACCCUGUUUUGGUAUUUCGAUUAAAAUACCUAUAAAUGGUAUUUUACGUAGAAAUAGUAUUCUUGCUUAUUUUGAUGAUCCGCGAUACAGAAGAAGCAGUUCAGGAAUUACUAAAUAUGGGAUUGUCGAAGUAGAUUCAAUCGUAAAAAAAGAAGAUUUGAUUGAGUAUCGAGGAGCAAAAGAUUUUAGUCCGAAAUACCAAAUGCAAAUGAAAGUAGAUCAAUUUUUUUUCAUUCCCGAGGAAAUACAUAUCUUACCCGGAUCUUCGCCCAUAAUGGUCCGGAACAAUAGUAUCAUUGGAGUAGAUACACGACUUGUUUUAAAUAUAAAUACAAGAAGUCGAGUAGGUGGAUUAGUCCGAGUGGAGAGAAAAAAGAAAAGUAUAGAACUGAAAAUAUUUUCUGGAGAUAUUCAUUUUUAUGGAGAGGUGGAUAAAAUAUCUAGGCACAGUGGCAUUUUGAUACCACCAGGAAUCGGAAAAAAAGAUUCUAAAGGAUCAAAAAAAUUGAAAAAUUGGAUCUAUGUCCAACGCAUUACACCUACCAAAAAAAAGUAUUUUGUUUUGGUUCGGCCCGUAGUCACAUAUGAAAUAGCUGAUGGGAUAAAUUUAGCAACACUUUUCUAUCAGGAUCUCUUGCAGGAAAAGAAUAAUGUCCAACUUCGAAUUGUCAAUUAUAUACUUUAUGAAAAUGGCAAGUCAAUUCGAGGAAUUUCUCACACAAGUAUUCAAUUAGUUCGAGCUUGCUUAGUAUUGACUUGGGACCAAGAAAAAAAGAGUUCUAUAGAAGAAAAGGUUCAUGCUUCUUUUGUUGAAAUAAGGACAAAUGAUCUGCUUUGUUAUUUCAUCCGAAUUGAGUUAGUAAAGUCCACUCUUUCGUAUACCGAAAAAAGGUAUGAUACGGCAGGUUCAGGAUUGAUUUCCAAUAAUGAAUUAGAUCGUAUUCAUAGAAAAAAUCCUUUUGAUUCCAAGGCGAAGAUUCAAAUAUUUCCCCAACAUCAGGGAACUCUUGGUACGUUGUUGAAUCGAAAUAAGGAAUGCCAAUCUUUCCUAAUUUUGUCAUCAUCCAAUUGUUCUCGAAUUGGUCCCUUCAAUACUUCGAGAUAUAAUAAUGCGACAAAAGAAUUGGAUCCCAUGACUCCAAUUAGGUAUUUGUUGGGUCCUUUAGGUACUAUUGUGCCUAGAAUAGUAAAUUCUCGUUCAUCUUACUAUUUAAGAACUUAUAAUCAAGUCUUUUUAAAGAAAUCUUUUUUGCUUGAAAAUUUUCAACAGACUUUCCAAGUGCUUCAAGUACCUCCAUUUCAAUACUGUUUCCUAGAUGAAAAUAGUAGGAUUUAUAAUCCCGAUCCUUGCAGUAACAUCAUUUGGAAUUCAUUCCAUUUGAAUUGGUGUUUUCUCCAUCACGAUUCUUGUGAAGAGGCAUGGACAAUAAUUAGCCUUGGACAAUUCCUUUGUGAAAAUGUAUAUCUAUUGAAAUAUGGAUCACGCAUAAAAAAAUCUGGUCAAAUUUUCAUUGUUCAUGUUGAUUCUCUAGUUAUAAGAUCAGCUAAGCCCUAUUUGGUCACUCCAGGAGCAACUGUCCAUGGUCAUUAUGGGGAAACCUUUUAUGAAGGAGAUACAUUAAUUACAUUUAUAUAUGAAAAGUCGAGAUCUGGUGACAUAACGCAAGGUCUUCCAAAAGUAGAACAAAUCUUAGAAGUUCGUUCAAUUGAUUCAAUAUCGAUGAACCUCGAAAGAAGAGUUGAAGGUUGGGACGAACGUAUCCGAAGGAUUCUUGGGAUCCCCUGGGGAUUCUUGAUUGGAGCUGAACUAACCAUAGCCCAAAGUCGUAUCUCUUUGGUUAAUAAGAUACAAAAGGUUUAUCGAUCCCAGGGGGUACAGAUCCAUAAUAGACAUCUAGAGAUUAUUGUACGUCAAGUAACAUCAAGAGUUUUGGUUUCCGAAGAUGGAAUGUCUAAUGUUUUUUUACCUGGGGAAUUUAUUGGAUUGUUGCGAGCAGAACGAGCAGGGCGCGUUUUGGCCGAAUCAAUCUGUUAUCGGGCAAUCUUAUUGGGAAUAACGAAGUCAUCUCUGAAUACUCAAAGUUUCAUAUCCGAAGCAAGUUUUCAAGAAACUGCUCGAGUUUUAGCAAAAGCUGCUCUACGAGGUCGUAUUGAUUGGUUGAAAGGCCUGAAAGAAAACGUUGUUCUGGGGGGGAUUAUACCGGUUGGUACCGGAUUCAAUAAAUUAGUACAUCGUUCAAAGCAAGACAAAAACAUUCAUUUGAAAAUCAAAAGGAAAAAUCUAUUCGAGUUGGAAAUGAGCGAUAUUUUGCUACACCAUAGAGAAUUAUUUUGUUCUUGUGCCCAAGAACUUUCCAUGAGACAUCAGACCAAUCUUUUACGUAAUGUAUCCUAA